ACCACAAAUGAUGAGCCAGUGACAUCAUACACGAAUACCCCCUGGUUUAUAAGAAUUCGAUUUUGAGAACCUUGCAGACAGGCCAGACACAUUCCUUCCAUUCCUGAAUUCACUUAUAUAAUCAAUUGGAUUAAAAACCAUCAUCAUGGGGUACGAUUUCACCGUUUUCAAAGGCUCCAAAGACGGAUCCAUCACCGAGGGCACCACCCACCGCGAUGACCUCCAACGCGACGAAGUCCUCGUCCGACUCACCCACUCGGGCGUCUGUUUCACCGACGUCCACUACCAACACGCCGACAUGGCUCUGGGCCACGAAGGCGCCGGCAUCAUCGACGAAGUAGGUCCGGAAGUCCAGGACCUGCAGAAAGGCGAUCGCGUAGGCUGGGGCUACCAAACCGGGUGCUGCGGUCGAUGCGCCGAAUGCCUCACAGGGUGGGAGACCAUGUGUCCGGAACGCAAGAUGUACGGGAGUGCGAACCUCGACCAGGGUUCGUUUGCCACGCAUGCCGUGUGGCGCGAGCCGUUCCUAUUCAAGAUCCCCGAUGGUAUCAGUAACGAGGACUCUGCGCCGCUUAUGUGUGGUGGAUCGACCGUGUUCAAUGCCUUGCAUGUGUCGGGGGUCACGCCUACGUCGCGGGUGGGCAUCGUUGGAAUUGGUGGACUGGGUCAUCUGGCGAUUCAAUUUGCUGCCAAGAUGGGUUGUGAUGUUGUGGUCUUUUCGGGGAGUGAUAAUAAGAAAGAGGAGGCGAUGAAGCUGGGGGCGCGAGAGUUUUAUGCCACGAAGGGGGCUAAGGAGCUUAAGAUUGGGAAGCCGUUGGAUAAUCUGAUCGUUAGUACGAGUAGUCAGCCGGAUUGGAAGCUCUACGUUGAUGUGCUGGCGCCGGGGGCGGUGAUUUCUCCCUUGUCGGUGGAUAAUGAGGAUUUCAAGUUCCCGUAUAUGGCUCUCCUGGGCAAGGGACUGCGUGUGCAGGGCUCGGUGGUUGCUGCCAGGCAGGUGCAUCGGGAUAUGCUGGACUUUGCUGCGUUGCAUGGGAUUAAGCCGGUGGCGAUGAAGUAUCCGUUGAGUGUGGAUGGGGUCAGCGAUGCUAUGAAGACGUUGGAGGCGGGAAAGAUGAGAUAUCGGGGGGUUCUGGUUGCAUGAGGUGGGGAUGGAUUGGGUU